AUGCAGAUUUUUGUGAGAGGGAUCGAUGACGGAGUGAGGUCGAUAUGUAUUUCAGAAACAACUACAGUGGCCGAACUUAAGACAUUAUUACACGUAGAUGGCGCACUUUUGACGCAUGGUGCCACAAUUUUGGAUGAUGACAAAGCACCACUUAUGAAUUUUGGAAUCUGUGAUGAAGCAAACAUUGAUGUUUCAUUCCGGCUUCUUGGAGGCAAAGUGCAUGGUUCGUUAGCUCGAGCAGGAAAAGUCCGAGCACAAACUCCGAAAGUUGAGAAACAGGAAAAGAAAAAGAAGAAGACUGGCCGAGCAGCUCGUCGUAUUCAAUACAACAGACGCUUUGUGAAUAUAGCUGUUAGCGGAGUAGGCAGAAAACGUGGGCCAAAUUCAAAUGCUGCAUAA